GCAGCAGCAGCAGCAGCGAAAAGUUUCUCCACAGGAAUGGGCGAGUUUGAGAAGGACGCUUUUCUUUUCCACUCCACAGCCGCGGCCCGCAGGUCGACACGGGAUCGGAUGUAAGGAUAGACCGCGCUGAUCAACAGCACCAGUUUUGGGAUUUUUUUUUGUUUUGGUUCCUUUUCUGUUGGCGAUUUGUCGCUCUCUGGAUCGGCUGCGCGUCUCCUGAAGAUAGCUCCAGCUCCGGAGGGCAGAUCUCCCGUGUGGCCAGAGAAAAUGCGCUCCUCUCCGCAGCGGUUCGCCGUGUUUCUUCUCGUGUUUUUGCGGCUGCAGCGUGGAUCCGCCGCCGGCGCUCGGACCUGUCCCCCUCCCUGCGCGUGUUCUGGGGAGCUCUUGGACUGCAGUCGGCUGAAAAGGGGCCAAAUUCCAGACACGAUCCCGGAAUGGACGGUUCAACUGGACCUGAGCCACAACAAAUUGCAGGUGCUUGACAGCACUUUGUUUUCCAAGCUGCAACAUCUAAGUGAAAUAAAGCUGAACCACAACGAACUGGAGGCAAUACCUGAUUUGGGCCCUUAUGCUUCAAACAUCACAACACUCACUCUAGCAAACAACAGGAUCACCAGGAUCUCUGUGGAGCAGCUCAGGCCCUUCCUCGCUCUGGAAACGCUCGACCUCAGCAACAACAACAUUGUGGAUAUAAAGGCCAGCUCCUUCCCCGCUCUGCCCCUCAAGAACCUGUACCUGAACAACAAUCGGAUCUCGUCGCUGGAGACGGGCUGCUUCACCAACCUGUCCAGCAGUCUGCAGGUUCUACGGCUGAACCGCAACCGUCUGUCCACCAUCCCGGCCAAGAUCUUCCAGCUGCCCAACCUCCAGCAUCUGGAGCUGAGCAGGAACCGGGUUCGCAGGGUGGAGGGCCUGACGUUCCACGGCCUGCAUGCUCUUCGCUCCUUGAAGAUGCAGAGAAAUGGCCUCAGCCGCCUGAUGGACGGAGCCUUCUGGGGCCUCAGCAACAUGGAAGUCCUGCAGCUGGACUACAACAACCUGACGGAGGUGAGCAAGGGCUGGCUGUACGGCCUGCUGACUCUGCAGCAGCUCCACCUUGGCCACAACGCCAUCAGCAGGAUCCGACCUGACGCCUGGGAGUUCUGCCAGAAACUCAGUGAGCUCAACCUCUCCUCCAACCAUCUGUCCAGACUGGAGGAGUCCAGCUUUGUAGGCCUCAGCCUGCUGGACGAGCUCCACAUCGGGAACAACCGUGUGAGCUUUAUAGCGGACGGAGCUUUUCGUGGCCUCUCCAACCUGCAGAUGCUGGAUCUCCAAAAGAAUGAAAUCUCCUGGACCAUUGAAGACAUGAACGGGCCUUUCUCUGCACUGGACAAGCUGAAGAAACUAUUUCUGCAGGGGAACCAGAUCCGCUCGGUGACCAAGAAGUCUUUCUCGGGCCUGGACGCGCUGCAGCACCUAGAUUUGAGUAAUAACGCAAUCAUGUCUGUCCAAGCGAACGCCUUCUCUCAGAUGAAGAACCUGCAGGAGCUACGUCUGAACACCUCCAGCCUGCUGUGCGACUGCCAGCUGAAGUGGCUUCCCGUCUGGGUGGCAGAACAAACCUUCCUGCCCUGCGUCAACGCCAGCUGCGCCCACCCGCAGAUGCUGAAGGGCAGGAGCGUGUUCGCCGUCAGCCAGGAGGAGUUUGUGUGCGAUGACUUCCCAAAGCCUCAAAUCACAGUGCAGCCGGAGACCCAGUCAGCCCUCAAGGGCACCAACGUGACGUUCGUCUGCUCUGCGGCCAGCUCCAGCGACUCGCCUAUGACCUUCGCCUGGAAGAAAGACAACGAGGUCCUGAACGACGCGGAGAUCCACAACCAGGCCCACCUGCGUGUGCAGGGCGGCGCAGGAGGCGAGACGGAGGUGACGGAGUAUACGACCACCCUGCAGCUGCGUAAUGUGGAGUUUUCCAGUGAGGGAAAGUACCAGUGCGUCAUCUCCAACCACUUUGGAUCAUCCUAUUCCACCAAGGCCAGGCUCACUGUCAACAUGCUGCCCUCCUUCACCAAGAUGCCGAUGGACCUAAGUAUUCGUGCUGGAGCAACAGCCAGGCUGGAAUGUGCUGCCGUGGGUCACCCUUCUCCUCAGAUAGCCUGGCAGAAAGACGGAGGCACCGACUUCCCUGCUGCCCGUGAGCGGCGCAUGCACGUAAUGCCGGAGGAUGACGUGUUUUUCAUAGUGGACGUCAAGACCGAGGACAUAGGAGUUUAUAGUUGCACUGCUCAGAACACAGCUGGAGCUAUUUCUGCAAAUGCAACACUGACCGUUCUAGAAACACCCUCCUUCUUGCGGCCCCUCAUGGAUCGCACUGUUGCAAAGGGUGAAACCGCUGUCCUCCAGUGCAUAGCGGGCGGCAGCCCUCCCCCAAGGUUAAACUGGACCAAAGAUGACAGCCCACUGCUAGUGACCGAGCGCCACUUCUUCGCAGCUGCCAACCAGCUUCUCAUCAUCGUUGAUGCCGCAGAGGCUGACGCGGGGAAGUACACUUGCGAGAUGUCAAACGCGCUGGGCACCGAAAGGGGUAACGUUAGGCUGGCGGUCAUACCAAACCCUAACUGCGACUCUGGAGUGCAAGGCGGUGUGGGAGUUGGCAUGGUUGGUGGGGCAGGAUCGGACGAUGAUGGAUGGACCACAGUGGGAAUCGUCAUUAUAGCUGUGGUGUGCUGCGUGGUGGGCACAUCACUGGUUUGGGUGGUCAUCAUCUACCACACUCGGCGACGCAACGAGGACUGCAGCGUCACCAACACAGAUGAGACCAACCUGCCUGCCGACAUUCCCAGCUACCUGUCCUCCCAGGGCACACUUGCUGACCGACAGGACGGCUACAUCCCCUCAGAGAGCGGCAGCAGCCAUCAGUACAUGGCUUCAUCAAUUAGCGGCUUCUAUUUGCAGCCUAAAGACAUGAACGGUCUUUGUCAGCUGGAUACAGGAAGUGAGGCAGACAUGGAGGCAGCCAUCGACCCUCUACUCUGCCAUUAUCAAGGUCCAAUCAGCUCAUUGCUUCGCCGGGACUUGUACGCCACUGACCCAUCAGAGGUCUUCACAGGCUGUUCCAUCGACCAAAGGCCGGUAUGCAUUGACUCCUAUGGCGGCAGCCUGACAAACGCGAAAAGGAGGGACUACUUCCUGUCCGAGCAUUACGACCUCUGCUCCUCCACUGUUCUGAUGCAGCUUCCCAACGCCAGUCUCCAUCAUGGCCCCUCCCACCAGCAGAGUGACCGCCGACCAUCCAUGGAGGAGGGAGAAGCCAACGAGUACGGGCGAGCUCAUGAGUGUCUUUCCCCCUGCAAUACCUUCAUGGGAACAUUUGGGAAAGCUCCCUGGAGGCCCCAUAAGGACCUGUACACAGACUUCAGCUUACCGCCAGUGACACAAAACGGAAUAACUCUGCACGAGAAUCCAUACGCCGCUCCUGACACCGAGUCAGACCAGGAGGAGAACGGCCUCGCCAAGGACUCAGAGUCAGAGCUGAGCAACAGCGUUUAUGAACAGCCAUUUGACAGCAGCAGGACUGAUCCUAUCACACAGCGCAGAACAAGCACUUAGUGGAGUGACUCUUGUUUUUCGUGAAGAGGAAGACCAAAAAAUGAACAUUUCUACCUCACUGAAUGGACACUUUUGCAAUAAAAGACUCCUCAAAUGUGCAACAAGUGAAUGUAAAGGACAAUUUAAUGUUCCAAGAGAAAAGUAAAAAGGAGCAUAUUAGCAGCUGUUCUUUAAGGACGCGGCUUCAGUUAAAUAAUAUAGAUGAUUAUAUACAUUUUUAUAUAAAGUUUAUUAUAUUUUGUAAAUUGUAUAUAAACAGAUUCCAUUAUUUUUGCUUACCUUUUGUGUAUGAGAAUUUUGCAGCCCUGCCAAUUCAGUUAUUCCAGCUUUGAAUGAAGCAGUGUUUUGCACAUAUGUAUACAAUAAAAACACCUUAAUGUGUGCUGCUACAUUCACUAAAGUGCU